GAAUUACGAAAUUUGUUGAAAAAUAUUCGUAUCGAAGAAGUGACACGUGACAAAUCAGUAAUGAUUAAUGGGAAUGAUGGAAUGGAAUUAAAUUCUUAUGAAAUUAUUUUUUUCUAUUUACAAACAAAACUGGAAUACUUCACACAAUUGAUGGGUAAAUAUGGCAAUGAUCGGAACGGUAAGGCUUAA